ACGUUGCGGACGCAUUUCCGGUAAACGGAAAAUAACGGGACGUACGCUUAGUAUACCAUAUAUAAUCAACAAAUCAUAGACACACAAACGCACACAGGCAUACGUGGAUACAGUAAAAGAGGCAGUGCUGUGGAUACAUUGAGACUGAAAAAAUUUAAUCCAUUGUCAAGUUGCAUUGAUAUUCAUCGGCGGCUGGACAUCGUUGCGGCAAAUUGUGCAUUUUUCAAUGCUUCUUAAUUGUUUUAUUUUGUAAACAAUUUUUAUUUUAUUUGCAAAAUGUAAGAGAGAGAGAGUUCGAUGGCGAAAAAUAUUAUAGUGAAAUUGUGUGGAAAUGAGAAAAUUGUGAAAUAAAAAAGAAAUUAUUUGAAAGCGAAUUGGCUGAAAAGUGGCUGAAAAUAUUUAGAAAAUUGCUGGAAAUUGGAUUUUAAUAAACGGCUAGACGCUGCUUAGGAGUGUAUACGUGCAUUUGUGUGUGUGUUUCGGCUGCUGUGCGACAACGGAAACGGAAGGCGGGUGUGUGCAGCGAGCACAUUGGCCACAAGAACGGACGGCGGAGUGCGACGAGUGUGUGUAAAGGUGUAAAAUGUGUUAAAUUUGUGGAAAAUAUUGAAGCUGUUGAAAGAGUGAAUGCGGCUGGCAUUGAAGCGUUGAUAUUUGGUAUGUUUAUUGGACAAGAAUUUUGGAAGUAAAAAGCAAGAAAAUACGAUUGAGUGAUUUUUUUUUCGAAUGAACUAAAAUACAUAAUUUUUUUUUCCAAAAGUUAGUGAUUUUAAUAGCUGAAAAUCACUUGAGAUCCGCGAAAAUUGUGUCUGCUACAAAAUUUACGUUUCUAAAUUGUGCAUAAAAAAAUGCGCGUCGAAAUUUGAAGAUUACAAUUUUAUGUAUUCCUAUUGAUUUGGGCACGUGUGCAUUGCAAAAUGUGCAUAUACACAGUUGAUGUAAAAAUAUGUGCGUUUGUUCCAUAAGUUUGUGCAAAAAUGUAUAUAUGUGCGUAUGAAAAAAUUGAUACAGCACAGAAAAUUCCGACAGAAUUGAAUAUUUCUGGGGAGAAGACGAAGAAGAGGAAUUUCCACUACCAACAACAGUAAUAACUUAACAAGCAACCGUGUAAAGCAACAAAACCAAAUAAUUCCAACAAUACUACGGCAAAUAACUACAGUAGCAACAUUAAAGCAACAAAAACAAUUACAAAAAAAAGAAGCAACAACCCCCAUCACCAAACUACCCUUGUUGCAUACGUACUUACUCAUAAUCACAGUGAGCUCGCUCUCCCCCACUUCACCACCACCACCACCUUCGCCAUCAAAAACGUCUUUUGCUUGAACGCGUCUGCCAACAAAUAACUACCCACUCCCACCAAACCAACGCGCUGACACACGCUGCAGGGAUAUAGCGCGCAUCCUGUGAGCAUCCUACAUAUCUACAUACAUAUGGAUGCACGUGUGUUUGUGCCAACAAACAGUCAAUCAAAACGCAAGCAGUGAAUCAAGCAACCCCCCAAAAGCAACGCCAAAUCAACCGGCACUUUAAGCGCACAAAAUCGGAAGCUUACACACACUCACACACCCCCUAAGGCGGGCGCGCGUACUCUCUUUCUCUCUGGCGUUCGAGUGCUCUCAACGCGGGUGGCGCUCUUUAUUGACGGGCUUGAAAGCCACACGAAAAAAAAAACAUAUAAUAUUUGAUAAUACUAACAAAAACAAAAACACUGUAAGUGCAGUCACAACAAAAACAAAAGUGAUGAAAAAAUAAACAAACAAGUUGCUGAAAUGAAAAUUGUAAGCGGCAAACGGUAAACAAACAGAAAUCAGAUAGCAGAGCAGAAAGCCGAAAAGAGGUAAGCAGGAGGCGUUUGGCAGCAAGCCAGCCAGGAAGCUAGGCAGCCAGGCAGCCAGGCAGCCAGCAGGAGCAGUGUUUGUGUGUGGCGGCAGCAAAGUGGCAGCGGAGUGGAGAAGCGUUUACAACGGCGGCUAUUAAAGUUUUCUGCUGUCGUUAUCGUUGUUGUUGUUGUUGUCAGACGUUGUUGCCCACGUUUCCGCUUUGGCACUGAAACAAUAAGCAAAAGGAUAUGAAGGAUAUAGUAACUAGAAUAAUAAUGAUGAUGAUGCGAUGGAAGCUGCAGAAUUCGCAAAGGAUAAGUUCUUUGGUGCAAUAUUUGACGAAAUCCGUCCAUUGUUGUCAACAUAUACAGGAAUAAAAAACAGAAAAUAUACAAUUAAGCAAUGCUGAAGUCAAUAACUAAGUGAUAAGAGUUUGGUAUUCUACAAGAAGCAAAGAAGUAAACAAAAAAAAAACCCCAAAAGUAAAAAUUAGGUCUCAUCGAACAAAUAGCAGCCACAUAAAAAACCGGACGCGAUGUUCGGCUCGAAAUUACGUUCAUGGAUGGAGAACCACAUUGGGCGCCCGCGAAAGAAGGGCGCCAAAAAUAAAACUGCAAAUAGCACUGUCAGUGCCGCCAAUGCCGCUGGCUGUAGUCACGAGGCAUAUCAGCAUCAAAGCAGCAACAGCAACAAGAAGUUAUCCAGCGCCCAUUCGAGCGCUAUUUUUACGCUUCAUCACGCGCACGGCAAUGGCGCGCCGUCUACGUCAACAUCAAUCACUGCCAACAACUCGUCUGUGUCCGCAGCCACAUCCGCGGCACCGACAAUGACAACGGUAAUGGUAGCGCCCGGCGCGAUGUCCUCAUUCGGUGCUAAUCAUCACAAUGGAGCCGGAGGUGGUAGCGGCGGCGGCAGUAGUGGCUGUGGCAGUGUCAUUUCGAGUCCAGUCAGACGACGUGAAGUCUCGCCUAUUCAAGGCCAUACUCAGAGUCGCUACGGCUGGCAGUCGCCGGAUCAGGAGACGGUCACUUCGCCAAAAUCCGACAAUUUCCUGUAUGCGCCACAACACCGUGUUCGUAGUCAAUCACAUCACUCCAACUACAACUGCAGCCACCAGCAACAGCCGCAUCAACAGCAGCAUCCUUAUACGGCGCCUAAUAGCAAGGAUAAUUCAAGUGAUGAUCGCUCAUUGCAGGCAAAGUCAUACACACCAACGUACAGUCAUCACUUGCAACCACUACAGCACCCACAACAUCAACCACACCAGCAGCAGCAGACACAGUUGCAACCAAAUACUCUGCAACAGCAACAACAACCACAUCCCGCAGAUUGUUCAUCAUCAUCAAUCUCGUCGUUGUCAUGGUCUACCGGCUCCAAAGAACCUUCAAUGAACUCCAGCAGCAAUCACAAUAACAACAAUACUCAUCACAGUAGCAGCAAUAAUAAUAGCUCACUAUCGAAGCCACAACCCUGUGAGCCAAAAAAUAUUAGUGCCACCGAUUUGCUACAUUUCGAAGAAGAUCCGAACACUGUACACUACGAGGAAAUUCGUACGAUUCUACGACACCCCGAGCACUGUAGUUCCAGCUACAAUAACACUAAUCCUUUCUUAAUGCACGAGCGCCCCAAAUCCGAACAGCUCACUUCAUUUACGCCCGUGCGCUCGCUCUACGCCGAUCGUCGGUCGCAAGAUGAUGCCUCCACGCGUUAUGGCCGCCUGUUGCCAUCGAAAAUUCAAAGCUGCAGCAAUUCGAAUGACAGUCUGAAUGCGAACGCAUCGUUGACGUACAUUCGGAGCGGCAGCGCUGAGUACAUAUCGCAACAAUACCAUCAUCCCGGCGCUAGUGCCAUGGGCGGCGCCGCAGGCGAGUUUGGCGCAAAUCAUCAGAGUGGUCACUCUGGCGGUCUCGCGUCGAUGCAUUGUCAGCGGAGCCGCUUGCGUGGUGGACGUUUUGGUAACGGACAUGCUUUGAAUGGCGCCCAGCAAGUGGCGGGAGGUGUGGCUGUAGCUGGUGCGCCACUACACAGCCUUUCUUCGCCGGAGAGCGCAUACUCUACUGGCUACUCCACCGAUGGUACUUCACCAGGCGCUAUUUACACGCCACCGGAAUACUACAUCAAUAUGAGAACUGGAACUCAUUACUUUCCGAAGAGCGUUAACUCGCUGGCCAUUGAGGCGCAGCGUUAUAAAUUUGGAUUGAACAAAAUUGAGGAAAUGUCACCGAUCGAUCCGAUGCCGAAGACAUCCUUCGCCAAUGCCUCCGGUCUAUACAAACGUGCCGAUUCAUAUGAUAUGGGCCAAGGCUGUGCCAACAACAACGGCAUGCACCACGAACCAUUCAUACCACUCGAUGCGCCACAUGGCAUACAACAUCCUGGCCGCCAUAGUCCUUUGGCAUUGCGUAAUGCCAUUGUUUUGCCCACCUUAAAAGGGUUUGAAUCACCCUCCCCCAGGCAACGUUGUCGCAUACGCACGAAUCCCUGGUAUCUCACAAUGGAAGCGAAUGCACCAGCAACGGGAAGCGUGAGCGCGCAGAAUGUGAUAGCAUUUUUGCCACCACCACCACCAACACAACCACCGCCGACAGCGAUGUCAACAACUUCAGACACGUCGACGAUUUCCUCGUCAGCGCACUCUACGAUGACGCCAGAGGCGUUAGGCACGCCAUUGCGGCAGCCGAAACCGGCUAAGACGUCGUCGACAAGUGGCAGCGCGGGUGACGGACGAAGGGAACUUGAUGCCGCAAGCACAUCCUCUUCAGGCAAGAGAUCUAGCAACGCAACAACAACGGAUGGACGCCGGGUAGUGGUGCAACAUGGCCAACAGACAAGUGACAAGCACAAUGGAGGCUUGGUGGUGGGUACUGCUUAUGAGUCGAGCGAGAGUUCUUCGUCCUUGACUGAAGUGGAGAAUAUGCAAAGGACCUACACGCCCAACACUGUGCGACGCAAACGUGCCGAGCAGCUGCAGGCAAAGGUGGGACAGCCGCUGGCUGCGAUGUUGGCAGGUGUGUGUGUCAUAGGCGGCGAACGUGCUGGUGGCGGAAGCAACAGGGAAGCUGUGGCGAGUGACGAUGAUGCCACGCUUAACGAGAUGAUGGGUAAAUUUGAUGAGAGUUACGUGUAUGAGAAGGAGACUGACAUACUGAGCAGCGAUUCGGAUCCAACGGAUUGUCACUCAGACUUGGACACAGGUCAGGAUGCCGGAGAUGAGUGUGACACCGAUGAGCUAUUGGACAUAGAUUUCAUUGAUACUUCAUCUAUGCAUGAGUUGUCCGAGCGGAAGGAGUUAGAGAGCAAUUUGAGUAGCUGCUCUUACUACAAGCAGAGCCCCAAGCGCGGCACGGUGCGUCAGCACAGUGAAACGCGCGCUUCAGUGCGCUCACGUCAAAAUUCUCGAAAUACAAAGCACACGCAAGAGGUUGGUGGUACUGCGAUGAUAGCGCCUGGUAGUUGUUCGCAACGACGACGCAAGCGUUUUCUAAAGACACGCAAGAAGAGUGCUGAGAAUCGUACAGAUCGAACUCAUUCGCCACAUAAGCCACGGCAAACGCGUAGUGUAGGCGGCACACCUGUUUGUGUGCGAAGACAAAGACAUAUCACGGCGAAGAAUAGAAUUUACGAGACCUCACCACUCACUAAUCGCUCCAGUUCGCUGGUAUUUAUGGACGUGCGCGACACUAAACGCUUCAUGACAAUUGCGGAGAGUGAACGUGCGCUACUGAAAGCAGACUUGGAGGCAGAUGUCAAGUACAGGCAGCUAAUACAGGAAGCCGAAUCUAUACUCGUCUCCAUGAAAAACAGCAUGCAGAGUAUACCACGCGACACACCCGUUUCUAGUCCACGACGCGUUAAUCCGAUCGCCAAUAAACGCGUGGAAAUGUUGAAAAACUGUGAGGCUGAUACGCGACGCGAGCAGCUAAAGCAAGCACAACAGCGUUCUCUGGACGCUGCGCAGUCGGAGAAACACCAACAGCAACAGCAGCAACAAGAGUUGGCUGCUGCCAUCAAUCGCCGUAUAGAUCUACUGCGACAUGCACCAGCUUCUGCGCCAAAUAGUCCACGCUUCAGCCGCUGCAGUCCACGUAAAACCCACUUGACGAAUUUCAUCAAUCAGAAUGUGCCACCUGAGGUGCCGGUGCGAAAAUCGUUGGACGCACAGAAACCGCCACAAUCACCGCAGCUACAGUUAAAUGGUCGUCGCAUGCAGCAUAGCCCAACUGCUACACCCCAGCAACAACGUCGCUUCCGUAGUCAAUCGCCAGUGUCGCGUGACAAGCAGAGUGGCAACUUGCAGCGAACAGAAAAUUUCGAUAGCGAUUCAGACACGGAGUCUCAGCAGCUGAAUGGCGACAACCAGUUCAAGGUCAACGAUGUUGCAGCGGUGGAUGCAGUGAAUCACAAUUACUUGCCAGAGUUUGCGCGCAUUUCGCGCUACAACGAAGCUGAUUUGCGCAAUCACAAUGUUGCGGCUGUAGAGGGUAAGGUAGGCGAAACAGUGGUGCAUUGGCAAUCGGGCCUAAUGCAUGCGUGUCCCCAAAGUGAGCCGUUGAAGCGGAAAGUGUAUAGUGGCAGUUCGACCUUUGAGCGCAUUAAAAAGAGUUUUGACUUAGAGGCGGAGAUACCCAAACAAGCGAUGCUAGCCAAGAUACAUAAUUUGCGGCGUCGUGAGCGGCAAAACUCUAAUCCACGUUUAAAUGCGAUUGGCAGUAGUCAGGAACUGCCUGCGCCAACGGCUGAUGGCAGUGUUGUUAACGGUGAUAUUGAUUGUGUUGGCUUAAGUGCACAUGGCGAUCAUAAAAAGAAAAUGAUACUCAGCACACUAGCAGAUUUGAAACGUAGCUUGGAGACGCAGAGUGUCGAAUUGAAUGGUCUCAAUGACGAUUAG